AUGGUCAGCUCCCUUAUGGAGUCAGAUGGUAGUUGGAAUAUGGAAAGGAUCCGACUCUUGUUCAACAGGGACACAGUUAACAACAUCUGCAAGAUACCAUGCACCAACAGAAACCUUGAUCACAAACUUAUUUGGAUUGGAAAUUCCAAUGGGUGCUUCUCAGUCAAAUCAGCUUACAAGAUGGAAUUCUAUGAUAAAGGUGUCGUUUCUCAAUGGUGGAAGCAUAUUUGGACUUCCAAAAUACAUGAGAGAUUGAAAUUUUUUCUCUGGAAGUUAGCCAACAAUGGCCUCACCACUGCGUCCAAUCUUCUGUCUAGAAACAUGGUUAUAAAUCGAAGAGAUUGUGUUCAUGGUUGUGGACAACUUGAAUCUAGUUGGCACCUGUUUUUCCUCUGCCAGAUAACCAGAGCUCUAUGGUUUGCUAUGCCUUCGAGCAUUAAGUGGGAUAGCCUUCAGGAUAAAUCCCUCAAACAGAAGUUAAAUUUGCUAAUCAAUCCUUCUGGAACUCUCCCGACAAAUGUUCUCUCUAGCAUCCCCUAUGGACAGGUUGAAAAGGCUAAAGCCAUAUUAUCGCAGACACGGACUGAAGGCAUGGCUACUCAUUCCAACAAUACGCUAUGGGAAAAACCUCCAUGCCAGUCCAUAAAAAUUAACACAGAUGCUGCAGUAAAAGAAGGCAAAUCUAUGAUAGGAGUUGUGGCUCGAAAUCACUUGGGUGAAGUCCAGAAAAUAAAGGCUGUGAGGCUACAAUCAGACAUACCGGAACUAGCAGAAGCGUUUGGAGUUUUACAGGGUCUGAAGUUAGCUAGUAAAGAAGGCUGGUCCAAGGUUUGGUGUCAGUCAGAUGCUAGGAACGUGAUCACCAAAAUCAACAACCCAACUGGUCAAAAUACUCAUUGGGCUGCUGAAGGAAUUUUCACAGAUAUUGUUCGAUUGAAGCAUCAAUGUCUGGUUCACUUGGUCUCCUAG